AUCAAUCAAAUAUGCAUUUCUGCGUCUCAUCGUUUCCGUCCGCGGCUUGUAUAAUAGUUUUGGUUCUACAGCUGUCAUGUUUCACGGGAAAUAUUUCGGCAGUGGAGUUAACGCUUUCUGCAGAGCCAAACAUAAAUGUCGAUUUAUCGGCAACAGUUUCGUCGGAUGAUAUGAUAUUCACCACGUUGCCGUCCGUGUUCGACCAAAUCGAAGUGAAAAAAACCAAUUCACAACCGGAGGUUUCGUUCGUUCUGGGAGAAGAGCCGAUAAUUGAGAAACUGCCCACAGCAGAAGUUUCGGUGAAGGUGGACGGUGAACUGACUAUUGAAAAAUUACCUUCUCAGUCAGACGACCCGUUAAACCCAACUAAAUCCGAUGAACAACCUCAAACAGAAGUUUCGUAUGAUGUAAAUGAUCCGACCAACACCAAUAGACCAGAUUUGAACGUUUCUUACGACGUGAAAAUUGAACCAACCACGACCACAACAACAACUACGCAGCCAGCCGAGACUUCAUCCAAAACUAACAAAGUUACGGGCAAUCCGUGGAUACAGAAGAUACAAGUUGCCAAGUCUAGGAGCUUACCACUUACCCAACAAAAUACCUCUAUGAAAAUAUCAACUGAAAAACCGAUUUUAUUGGGUCAAAUCAUUUCAAACGUCCUAUAUGGACCUCCUUGGUUAGCUCCUCAAACAAACUUAAAAUGUGCGCAAGACAUGAUGCUGUACAAUAUGCACUUGCAAAACUUGACGUUGUGGGCAUAUAAAAUGUUAGAUGCCACAUCAAAAGGUCCCGAAGGGCUUGUAGACGCAAACACAUUCAGUUUCGGUAAUUUCGACCAAUGUUUAGAAUCACAAUCUAAAAAUCUCGGUAUAUCCGGAGGAUACUCGUUGGUAGACAUUGAUUUUCGACCAAGUUAUCAAUCAUAUCCAGAAUUUUAUGACAAUGAUCACUCGAAAGAUUACGAUCCGUUUGACCAAGAUAAGACGACAUGGGAAAUAUUGAAGCACAACGUACAAGAGGCUUAUGUACAAAGGCACAGGUUUCAAUGGGCCGUGUGUUUACCAGAUACUUGUCAAUCGGAGGACGUUCAAAAGAUCGUGAGCAACGUAUUAAUACCAGAGCUGAACCGUCAUGGAUUGGAAGGUAAUGUAACCAUCGACCCAUUGUUGCACACUUCCAAAGAAAAUGUAUAUAAAUUCACUGCGGGUUUCUUCUUUGUCUGUACAAUGUACGUAAUGAUCGGACUGCUUGUAAUCGUAGGCACUUUAUACGAUUUUAUUUAUCUGCAAUACCGACCAAAAUCUGAACACGGACCACUGAAAAAACUCAUGAAACCGUUUUCACUUAUCUCAAACUUUGAAAGACUUAUGAAACCGUCGGAAACCGAAGAGUUUUCAAUUUUAAAUGGAUUUAAAGUAUGCGCGAUUCUACAGGUCAUCAUCGGUCACAGAUGGUUUAUUGAGCUCGGAAACCCACAGUCAAAUCCUAAUUUUACUCAUUGGAUGAUUCACAAUUUCUGGUUGGGCUACUUUAAAUGUACCAUAUUUUUAGAAACAUUCUUUGUAAUUAGUGGAUUCCUCACGUUCUAUCUAAUUACAAAACAACUUACAGAAAAAAAACAUUUAAACUUCAUACCCAUUAUGAUUUACAGAUGGUUGAGAAUAUUCCCAGUGUACGGAACACUUAUUGUCACAUAUAUUUUCGUACUUCCAUAUCUUAACAGUGGUCCUUUAUGGAGGAUGAUCGUGUACAGGGAAUCGGAAAGAUGCCAAACCAAUUGGUGGACAAACGUACUUUUUAUAAACAAUUACGUGCACACGGACGAAUUGUGUAUCAUCCCCGCGUGGUAUUUGGCUUGUGAUAUGCACUUCUUCAUAGUUGGCACACUACUCACCUAUGUGAUUUGGAAAUGGAGGAAACAAGGACUGGUGAUGCUUGGAGCGUGUUUGGUUUUAUCGACAGUAAUUCCUGCCUAUAUAAUAAUGACUGAGAAUCAACGAGGAACGGCUGAUAUUACUCCCCAAAAUCUUAAAGAUCUCAGCAAAGAAAGAUUUUAUACUGAAGUGUAUAUAAAAAGCCAUAUGAGGGCAAUGACUUACUUUGUUGGACUCUUAGCAGGAUACCUGUACAUGAGGUUGAAGGAAGCUGAUUACAAAUUGUCAUUGAAAAGUCGUAUUUUCUGGGCUCCAGUUGUUCUUAUGAUUGGAAAUGUUAUAUAUUUGAGUUCUGGAACAUUCUUUACAUUAAAACAUAAAUAUGUAAAUUAUGAACACGCAAUAUACUUUACAUUCGGUCGACUUGUGUGGUCUAUUCUUAUAUCUUAUGGGAUAAUAGGUCACGGACUCUCUGGAUUUGGGGUUUGUAUCAGCGGCUUUUUAGGCCACAGAGUUUUCCACGUUCUUGGAAAAUUAGUUUUUUGCGUCUACAUGUACCAGGAAAUAAUUCAACUCCAAACGAUUGGAGCCAUCGAGAAACCAACAUACCAAAACUUAACAUUAAUAUUUUGGAGAUUUUGUGGUGACGCCACAGUGGCCUUCAUGUACGCAUUUGCUAUUAAUGUUAUGAUCGAAUCACCAUUUGAUAGAUUCCAGAAGAAUGUAAUGAAAAUAUUUGUUGGAGAUGCGUUUUCAAAGCCAAAACCACAACAAUCAAUUAAUAAAAACAAUCCUGAAAACUGCGAGGCACAAGCAUAAUUUUAAUUUAUUUAUUAACUUAUAUUAGUAAAUUAUUCCUUGGAUGAAAAUAUGAUUCAUUUUGUAUAUUUUGUUGUAGUAAAUUAAAAAAUAAUUAUUAUAUAUUUAUUAGAAUUGAUACUAUUCAAUAUAAUUUAUAAAUAUUCAAGAGAAGUAUCAAUUAUUAUAAUUGUGUGUAAUGUUUAUACCUAGUCAAAACUAUAAUAAUAUUGUAUAACAAUGUUCAAACUGUUGAGUAUACUUCUAAUUGAACUUUGAACAGAGGUACUAUUAAGUUGUAUUUGGUAAAAUAAAUCAAUUUCUGAUAAA